AUGCAUUCUGUGAAGGUUGGUCGUUUCUCAGGCGAUUCUCCCCAACACAUAUUCAUCAACUCAUCCUAAACAUAACACCUGCUCAAAAAGGGACAUACGGGAUAUCCAGAUCCAAAAUAUCGUUGGUACAAAGAUGGACUUCCAUACACACAUGGUUUAAUAAAUGGAUCUCGAUUGAUAAUUGCAAAUGCACGAGAGCAGGAUGAUGGUCUAUUCCAAUGUAUUGCCAAAUUUCCUAGUAAAGUUAGAACCAGUUUUACUGGUCUAAGUGUCUAUGGAUUUUCGAAAGAUAGACUUUUAUCAUAUAAAACUAUACUGUUCAUUGCUGUUCUUGUAGGUGCAGUUCUGAUUUUUUUCGCCUAUAUAUUUGUGCAGUAUAAAACAAUCAAGCAGAAAAAUGUGGACCUUCUUGAAUUGUAUAAAAAACUAAAUUGCAUGUCAGAAUCACUGUCAACUCACACGAUGAAUCUUCCAGUCGAGGAGCGUACUGACUUUCUGUCCUACAAUCCUAAAUAUGAAGUUGAUCUUGAAAAACUAGAAAUCUUAGAGCAACUCGGAGACGGUCAGUUUGGACUUGUUAACAGAGGAUUGCUGCAGAAAGUUGAUCCCCACAGCUUGAUCGAAUACAAGAUUCGAUUGCAAGUAGCGGUUAAACGUUAUGGUUUCCUUUACGUUAUUACCGAGUACAUUAAUGGUGGUGAUCUGCUUAAGUACCUGAGAAAGCUUAGAAGCCAUUUUAAAAACGAACUUUGUAAUAACGAUAUAGUUUUACAUGUGUCUGAAAAAGAAUCAUGUGAAAAAGAGGAACUUCUUGUCGAUGCGUUUGAUUCGCUGUCAACUUCUGAUUUGUUAUCCAUUGGACUACAAAUUGCAACUGGAAUGGAAUGGCUUGCCAGUGUUCCGUGUGUACAUCGUGAUUUGGCAUGCAGGAAUGUACUAAUAACCAAAACCAAAAUUAUUAGAAUUGCUGAUUUUGGGCUCACAAAAAUACCAACAAUGUCCUCAGAAGCAAUCGAUGACUUGAAAUUUACUGAGAAGUCUGACGUUUGGUCAUUCGGUCUAUGUCUCUACGAAAUUUUCACUUUGGGUGGAACUCCUUAUCCCAAUUGUGGCUCGAUUCAAGAAGUCAUUGAGUUUAUUGAAAAUGGGAAUCGAAAUGCACAACCCAAAUACUGUCCGGAUGAAAUCUAUAAGUUGAUGAAAAUGUGUUGGAAAACAUCUCCAAAAAAACGUCCCACUUUUAAGGAAUGCGUCAAGUUUUUCAAAAAUUACAUGCAAGAGGAGGUUGUACAAAACAUUGAAAGAAAACUGCAAUUUGAAAGGGAAGAGCAACAGGAAUUGGAUUCUUGGACUGGAAAAUCUCUCAGAGCAGAAGGAGUAGAGGAUAAAGAAACUGAAGUGUUGGAUAAACUGUAA